ACUUUCCGAUAGAUUGUGGUAGUUUGACGAUAAAUCGAUACAUCCCUUGUGAGCUGAUGAAAAAAUCAACUAAAAGCAGCAAAAUCAAUUAAAUUAUAGAGCUGAGCUGGCUAUUUAGUUAAUAUAAGUAGGUAUCAAAGACUUUGUUGUUAAGUGGCCAGACAGCUCGAGUGCAAAACUAAGUAUAUUCACAGACGACUACUGCUACUCACACCCGCACAGUUUACUUUAUUUAACCAUUUAUUGCACUCACAUACGUGCUGAGCUCGUUUCGAUACAUAACUCAGUGCGUAACAAUAAAUUGAUUAAAAACGGAAGCGGGAACGGGAACAGAAAGCAUGGAGGGCAAUAAAGACGAGGCACAGCGAUGUAUCGAUUUAGCUGUGCAGGCACUUGCCGAGCGUAAGAUUGAUAAAGCCGAGAAGUUUUUGCUGAAAGCCGAACGUCUUUAUCCUACGGAUAAUGCUAAGAGGCUGCUGGCACAGGUGAAGAGCACAGCUGGCAAUGGUAACAACGGCAAAGAGCGUCCAGCUGCUGCUGCUGACGAGAAGGACACUGGACCACGGAAGCGUGUGAACUCGGAUUCCAGAAAUCAGGCACCAGAUUACACCAAUGAUCAGCUGGAGGCAGUGCGUAAAGUCAAAAAGUGUAAGGACUAUUAUGAGGUGCUUGGCGUUAGCAAGACAGCUACGGAUUCGGAGAUUAAAAAGGCAUACAAGAAGCUGGCUCUGCAGCUGCAUCCGGAUAAGAACAAGGCACCAGGAUCAGUGGAGGCAUUCAAGGCAUUGGGAAAUGCUGCCGGCGUUUUGACCGAUGCGGAAAAGCGCAAGAAUUACGAUCUUUAUGGCAUCAAUGAGUCGCAUAACGGGCACGGCAAUGGUGGACACCAUGGACACGGCCAGCAUUAUAAUGAUUAUGGCUACUCACGUGGCUUCCAGGCCGACAUCAGUGCCGAGGAGCUUUUCAAUAUGUUCUUCAACGGCGGCUUUCCACAACAAAAUGUGUACAUGCGUCAGCAACGACGUCGGCAACAGGCUCGCGAAGACAGAGAUACUAACAACUCUUCUGCCUUAAUCAAUCUGUUGCCCAUUUUGUUGCUCAUUGGUUUGUCCAUGAUGUCGUCCUUCUUUAUAUCGGAUCCAAUGUACAGCUUAACGCCAUCACACAAAUACUCGGUUAAACGCGAAACAAACGGUCUGAAAAUUCCUUAUUACGUUAAGGAUAAUUUCUAUUCGGAGUAUCAAGGAUCUGUGGCACGGCUAGAGGAAUCGGUUGAAGAAGAUUUUGUAAAUCAUUUGAAGCACUCUUGCAGUCGGGAGCGAAAUUAUCGCGAUUCAAUGCUGGCCAAGGCUCGAACCUUUGGUGAUCGGGAUCUAUAUCGAAAGGCGCAGAAUAUCAAUACGCCCUCGUGCGAGAACCUGCAAAAGUAUUUAAUCACAUGAUUUCAAUACCUGCAAACUGAAAGCAAUGAAAUUUAAACGUGAUUUACACUCUUUUUUUCGUAUUGGUUUUAGUUUCCUCUUUGUAGUUGUUAUAAAAUUAUUUUAUCCUAAAUUGUUUGUUAUAGUUUAUAUUUGAUCCUUUUUCCUCCACACAACAACACAUCAAAACAAAUCUAACAUAUUUAUGCAUAGAUUUAAUAAGAGAAGUCUUUGCUCUGGCUAGAAUGUGAAUUUUGGGUAAAUUGAUGAUCCUUAAAAAUGGAUUAAGGCUUGCACUUGAUAGUCAAUAUUUAAAUGGGUUUACCAAGGGGACAGAUUGCUAAAUAAUGAAUAAAACUUAAUAAAUUACA